ACACACACUACACACAGCACACUUUUCUCUCUCUUACCAACAGAAAUUCCCGAGCUCACACAAACACCCCGAACGUUGAUCAUACCAUGAAAAUAGUUGUGUAAUAACAGAACCAGAGAGAAGACAUUACAAACAUUCUUGCAUAUCGCGCACACACACCAAAGAGAGAGAAAGAAAAACAAAAAUGUCCAAAUGAAAUGUAAACACUCCUCCCAACAAGAAGGAAUCCAAAUCCAAAAAUCCCAUAAAAAAACACAGUAACAAUAAUGUCUUCAUCUGCAUCAAAAAAGCAUGCGGUCUUCAUAACCUGUCUCAUAAUCCUCUGGUACUCGACCAACAUCGGCGUCCUCCUCCUCAACAAAUUCUUGCUCUCCAACUAUGGCUUUGCCUUCCCCAUCUUCCUCACAAUGUGCCAUAUGUCAGCCUGUGCUGUCCUCAGCUACAUCUCCAUCAUGUUCUUGAAGAUUGUCCCAAUCCAGAGGAUCAAAUCCAGGUCCCAGUUCUUGAGAAUAGCCACACUUAGCAUGGUUUUCUGUGGGUCUGUGGUGGGCGGCAAUAUUUCUCUCAAGUAUCUGCCGGUUUCGUUCAAUCAGGCUGUGGGUGCAACCACGCCUUUCUUCACGGCCUUGUUUGCUUAUUUGAUGACCCGUAAGAGGGAGGCGUGGGCUACUUAUACUUGUCUUGUGCCCGUGGUUGCUGGGGUUGUCAUUGCAAGUGGGGGUGAGCCAAGCUUCCAUUUGUAUGGAUUUAUCAUGUGUAUAGGUGCAACUGCAGCUAGAGCUUUUAAAUCCGUUCUUCAGGGGGUCCUCCUUUCUAAUGAAGGGGAAAAGUUAAACUCCAUGAAUUUGAUGCUUUAUAUGGCCCCGAUUGCCAUUCUUGUUUUGCUACCCGCUGCAAUUGUAAUGGAGCCCAACGUUUUUGAUUUCGUCGUUUCACUUGGACUGGAACAUAAAUUCAUGUGGGUUCUUCUGUUGGUUAAUUCGACAAUGGCUUAUGGAGCAAACUUGUGCAAUUUCUUGGUUACUAAGCAUACAAGUGCUCUAACACUGCAGGUAUUAGGCAAUGCUAAAGGAGCUGUGGCUGUUGUCAUCUCAAUACUCAUUUUCCGAAACCCUGUAACCUUCAUCGGCAUUGCUGGUUACACCAUGACUGUCAUGGGGGUGGCUGCUUAUGGAGAAUCCAAGAGGAGAUACAACUGAGCUUUCAUGGUGCUACUUUUUCAC